CUUACGCCUUUAGCCAGGUCCAGCCAACGGGUCCAUCAAGCAAGUACACUACCUACUUUGAUGUCUUUGUCCUUGUCUACGUUGUUACAUACACCAUCUCGGCUAUUGUGACCGAGUAGCCAUGCCCAAAAUCCGUCGUCAUCACCGUUCAUCUCGUCGCGUGCCUCCGCCAAAGGACAGCGACUUCGACCAUGAAAUCACCUUGAUAGACAAGGAAGACGCUUCGCCAACUAGUUCCAGAGAAUCUCUUGCGCACGUCAACACAAAUGGAAACACCCACAAGGCUUCGGAGCCUUCCGGUUCCCGCCCACAGAAACGUCUCUCCGUUUCCACCGAGCCCAGACCCGGAGUAGAGAACGGAGAUGCUACUCCACAUCGCAUCGAAACAAGUCAGGGUACUGCCAUCGCAGAGAAUGACGCGACGGCUACGAUAUCGUUGGAUGGUCCAUCCGUCUACGUGCAACAACCCACCCCCGAGCCCACCGAAGUUGAACGCAAACUAUCCUUCCCAUCUCUCAAGUCCAAACCAACCAAGGCUUCGAAUGCCUCCAAAGUCCCCCGCGAAGCCAAUGGCAGCACCCGCCGAAAAUCCCUAACCACCCCCGAAUCCGCUAUCGACAUCCUCUAUGAAAAUCAACGCGGCUGUUUCCUCUGCGGCAGCCCCCUCUUCUCUGGCAAAGCCCUCGGCCCUCUCGACCCGCCAGCAUGGACCAACUUCGCACACAGUGCCUCCCCAACGGACAUCACCAACGCGCAGGUUCCCGAUCCAUCAUGGGAGUGGGCCUGGCCCGAGUGGCGCGUCAACCAUGAGAAGGACUAUGCCGAUGAAGAAGGGUGGGAGUACAGCUUUGCGUUCAGCAAGAGAUUGUCAUGGCAUCGCCCAAAGUGCUGGAACUCGUUCGUAAGAAGGAGGGCAUGGAUACGGAAACGUGUGAAAAAAGCAGCUGGGUAUGAGGCUCUGCAUGAGGGACAGGAUGCGUCCAAGCUAAACCCAGAGUACUUUACCGUCCGGGCUUCCGCCGAGAUGAACAGGGAGAGGAGCCGGAGCCGGAGCCGGAGCAUGAGCAGGACGCGCACCAAGAGCCGCAGUCCCAGCCGGGCUAGCUCAGUGAUGAACUCGCGCCGGAGUCGGGCGAGCCUGCGGAGUAUUUCGGAGGCGCUGGAGGAAGAAAAUGAGAUAAUGGAGGAUAUUGAGAAUGUCGAGCAGUUGCUUGCGGUGCUGAGGGAGUGCAGGAUUGACAGGGAGAAGAUCGAGGCGGUGAAUAAUUAUCUUGAGCAUGCCGAUGAUAACCUCGAAGGACUGGCGGGCGCUAUGCACGAUAUCAUGUCCAUGUUCAUCUUCCAGGCUUCGAGACGGGCGAUGUUGGCGAGGCUUACGGAGGUCUAUGACAAGACUGUCGAAGAGCGGGAGAGGAAAGAGAAGGAGGAGAAAGAGGAAAAGGGUAAGGGCAAGUCUACCGACGACAAAGCCCCUCCUCCAACAGACGGAGCAAUGUCCUCACCAGCAUCACCACCACCACUUAGCCCCGAAGAGCUCCAAGAGAAACAAUCUCGCCGAGAAGAGAACCUCCACCAGGCUGUCAAGAGAGCUGACGAGGAAGUCAGACGCCUGGAGUACUGGAGCGAUGUCAAGGAAAUGGUCAUAGAGGGAGAAACCAAGGACGCCGUGAGUACCAAGAAGGGCUGGGAUCCUAGCUGGCAGGGUGUAGAUAAUUCGGGGCCGGCACAGCCGCCGGCACCGAGUCAUGAUGAUCCUCAGACAAAGUAG